AUGGAUCGAAAGCGAGCAUCAUUCAUGAGCACGGCAACGGCACGGCAACGGCACGCAAAACGCAUGCGUGCCCCGACCCCCCGGGCACGAAUACCGCGUUGCAGCGGCACCGGUGCCCCAAGUAGCGGCACAUGUGCCAAAAAUUUUCUGAGUAAUAACCACUUUUUUUCAGCCCUAGCACAAUCUUAUCCCAAAAUUUUCCCCAGCAUGACAACAUUUGAUCUCCAAGCCAUUCUUGCAAAAAUGACUUCUGCCACCUCGUCCAAUUCUGCAGUACAACUGAACCCGAGAUUGAAGGAGGUUGAUUUGCAAGGAUCAUCCAUUCAAGAUGUACUCGUACAAAGAACUUGCUCUGGUUCAUCUAGUUCUGAAGUUCAACAAGCCCCACAAACGGUUCCGACUCAAUUUUUCCCACCUGUCAUUUGUAAUAUUUGUGGAGCUUUUUGUAAGAGCAAAAACGGCCGACGCCCACAUGACCCGGUAUUUAAAACGCCUAUUCUGAAGGUGCAACAAGCAACGGAGAAUGAUCUCUUUAUGAAGAAAAUAUCAAUCAUAUCAGGAUCCAAUCCCGAAAUUCAGUUUCUGAACAUCAAACAGGUAACCGCCAGCUUUAUUAAAGACAUUUUGAGAUGGCCAAAAGGUAUCGAGAUGUUUGAUGUUCUCGAGGAAGACCAGAAACUUGAGCUGGUUCACAGCCAAUGGAUACGAAUUCUCAUAAUCACAAUUUGUGAAAACGGCGCACAUCUUCUGGAUCUUCAUGAGGAACUCUCCAACAUUGUAACUUUAUCAUUUUCAGCGACAAAUGAAGGCAAAUACGCAUACCUUUUGGAUUUGAAUGAUGCUCUUCAAAACCUUCAUAGGGAAACUCUUGCUUUCGAUCCAUCGUCGGUUCGAUUUGGAGUGAUUACCAUGUUUCUUGGCUCGGUUGCGCAUCUUAGUAUGGGUGCAAUUCAGAACAUGUUCGAAUCUAACGUUAAGAAAUUGCUGUCAUUGUGCCUCUGA